AUGGUCGCGCCCGCUGUCCCCGAGAUCCAUGAGGAGGAGGAACUGUUCGUUGCGGUCGAUGCGCGCACAGAGUCGCUGCAGAGCUUGCGGGAAUUGGGUCCCCCGGACCUGGUCUACUUGGUGAAGCAACCAAAGGCCAAUUCAACCCGCCAGACCGGUGUGUAUCACCAUGUUACCGGAAUCGAUGCGUCCUCGUCCGCUAGUCUAGCCGCCUAUGUCAACACCCUUACAUUCUCACCCCUCGAUAAGACGCAUAAAGUGGUGUCGGGGAUUUACUGUUGCUACAAUGCGUUCUCCCACCUUGACAUGCGAGUCGAAGUGAAGAUUCCCGGCAGUCUAGAGGCAUACUGUAUCGAUGAGCACGGAGAUAAGCGUGUGGCUACGGAGGCGCUCUGGUUGGAGACGUUCUUGUGCGCUGUUCUGAGGGCUUAUCUGUACGCUGAUGAUGGGAGCGGAGAUGCUAUCAAGAAGAUUGUGGGCGUUAGACGGUUCAACCCAGUGACGAACACGGAGAUGGAACACAAGUUCUUGGAUGCUGCUGAAAAGCUGUUUUUCCUUGGUCGCCAGCUCAGCUCCGAUCCCGAGACGCAAGUCCCCAACACCGUUAGCAACCACUUGACCUCCGGCAUCCUCAAAUACAUUUACACAACCGGUCGUUACACAUCCGGAAUCAAUCUAUUCGAGAAGCUACGCACACGCGACGUGGAGGUCUCAUCACUUCUGGCCCGUGUACAGAUCAUGGCAGACGAGGAGGUACAAGCAGUGCGCUUAAUGUAUGAUGCCCUGCAGGAUGUGCCGAUGGACUACGCUCUCCUCGAUUGCCAGGCAAACUUCUGCCAGAGCAAGGGUGAAGGCGAAAUGGCCCUCGAGUGUGCUAAGCGGGCUGUAACUGCCGCGCCAAGUGAGUUCAGCACCUGGGCCCGCUUGGCUGAAGUCUAUGUUGGCUUGGAACAGUGGGAUUUGGCGCUUUUGACUCUCAACUCGUGCCCAAUGUUCACAUACCAGGAUAAGGAUACCCCGCGCAUGCCACAGCCGUCUCGUAUCAUGCUUCCCAUCCUAUCAGAGAGCAUUCUGGAUGAGAUUGAUGAGGGCCAACCUAAGCAAGGGGAUCCUCACGACUAUGUUCAUCCUUCUUUGAGGAAACUGCACGCUGCUGGAUACCAGGGAACGUUCCUCAAGGCCUACAACCUGCUUACCAAGAUUGCUGCUGCAAUUGGAUGGGACCAAUUGCUCAAGACUCGUAGCGAGGUCUUUGUUAUGGAAGAGGAAUACCGUGUCGAGCGCCAGCAUGUCCCGAAACCCGCACAGUCACUCGGAGCCGAGACGAAUGGGGUGUCGAUCGAGGAUGAUGAUGACGAUGAUUCAGGAUCCGUUUCUGGCCCUGGUCCCGCAGAGUCUGCGUCCACCAACGGCAAUGGAGAUGAGACAAACGUCGAAAGCUCCAUUGAGCGACCUGAGCAAAGCAUGGCCUCCGAGGUGGUCAAGUCUGGCAAUGAUGAUCCCGACCCGUCCCACAGCACAUACACACAAUUCCGGAAUAAGCGCCUUUGUGAGCGGUGGCUGGACAACCUUUUUAUGGUGCUCUACGAGGAUCUCCGCAUCUACACGAUCUGGCGGACCGAGAUGGCCCAGUUCCGCCAGCAAGCCAUGGAGUACAAGAAGUCAGCUACCGAAUGGGAAAUCCUCGGUGAACUCGCAGAGCGACUGCACCACUUUGACGAGAGUAUCGAGGCCUACCAGAGUUGUUUAGGAAUUCGAUUCUCGCCUAAGGCCAUGCGUGGUCUUCUCAAGCUGUACGAAAAGAGGAAUGAUACCCGGGGCAUGCUGGGUGCUUUGAUUCGUUUGAUCGCUUGGCAGUACCGCUGGUACUCUGAGUUCUCCCCGGAACUUUUGUACCUGGUACGGAAGCUGAUCGAGGACGAGGGUGCCGUCAAGGUCCGCAGCAUUGUUCAAGCGACCAACCUACCGCAACCCGUCCUGGAUCUCACACACCAAUACUGCCAGCUGUGUGCUACAUUCCGCAGCAGUGGUAGUGACGCUUAG